AUGCACCCAGUGACCGCUCUUUCACAGGGACUCGCCGAAGAGAUUUCGCUUGGUCGCCGCCGGCCAGGCGAAGAGGACUCGCCCCCCGGGCCCACCGUUGGAUGGGAUACCCCGAGAAUUUGCAUCGGUUGGCGUUGUGCAGUGCCAGUGCCCGAAAGUUUAGUCAGAACUCCUUCGACUGAGUAUGCUGAUGGCCAAUCGUUGGCCAGCGGAGCAACCAGCAUGCUUGGUUAUUCAUUGUCGCCUUCAGCCCGCCAUCGCUAA